AAUUUAGAAUCGCUGGCAAUGGAAAUUCCUUUCAUCCUCAUGACGCCUACGUGUUCAAAUCUCUACCUCAAACAUUCCAUCUUCUUCUUCUUCUUCCUCUUCCUUGUCAACGUUUGCUUACACACCUAAUUGUAAUGGGCUUUUCCUUUUUGAAACACCUUGCAAAGCAAGAAAGCUAACCUUCUAAACCACUAAGAAGUAACAUCAUGGGUACUGUUAUCGACUCCCAUUUUCUAGCCCUAACUGCCAUGGUCACUAUCGGAUAUCAGUUUAUGUUUUUUGUGAUCACCGCACUGCUCAAAUUCGACAAAGUCACUGAUUUUGCAGGAAGCACGAAUUUCAUAAUACUUGCUAUAUUGACACUCGUGCUGAAAGGAACAUGGUAUUUUCGACAGGUGAUCCUGACAUUGCUUGUUGUAUUAUGGGGUCUUCGCCUGGCGCUUUUCCUCUUAUUUAGGAUUUUGCAAUGGGGAGAGGAUCGCCGUUUUGAUGACAUGCGUAGUAAUUUGGGAAAAUUGGCAAUAUUUUGGACAUUUCAGGCUGUCUGGGUGUGGACUGUGAGUUUACCUGUUACAGUGAUCAAUGCUAGUGACAGAAAUCCUUUUCUACGGGCUGAGGAUGUAGUGGGGUGGAUUAUGUGGUGUGUCGGUUUUAUAGUUGAAGGUACAGCGGAUCAGCAGAAGUUGAGAUUUAAAGGAUCACCAGAAAAUAGAGGGAAAUGGUGCGAUGUUGGACUCUGGAAAUAUUCCCGUCAUCCUAACUAUUUUGGUGAGAUUCUGCUUUGGUGGGGAAUUUUUGUGGCUUCUGCACCAGUUCUGGAGGGUGCUGAAUGGUUGGUAAUCUUGGGACCGAUCUUUCUCACGUUGUUGCUUCUUUUCGUCAGUGGAAUUCCGCUACUUGAGGAAUCAGCAGAUAAGAAGUUUGGAAACGUGGAAGCUUAUCGGAUAUACAAACGAAGGACAAGCCCUUUAAUUCCGCUGCUUCCCUCUGUCUAUGGAAGCUUGCCCUCGUGGUUCAAAACAUUUUUUCUCUUUGAAUUUCCACUCUACAAUCGUAAUCUUCCUCAAGAAGGACCAAACUGGUGUAGAACAAGCAAAGGGCAAGGUGGUGAUGCACUGAAGAUGGGUUAGCACUUGGUUGUUAUUCUUGUUGAGGCUCUGAUUUUCCACUGAACUUGAAGCUGUCGUGGUUCAUCAUUAUGGGUGCUCUGAAUCUAAGGUGUCCUUUAAGGGCACUCUGUAAGUUGUGAUGUUUAGCUCGGUGCACUUUAGACUCUUUGACGCUCAGAUAAUUCAAUGAAAUAUUGGAUAGUGAUUUGUUUGUGUAAUGUAAUCGAUUAUUCACCAAUUCAUUUGCUCAAGCCUGCUGCAGCAUUGGCUACUGUAGAGAAUUAUCAUGUAAAGAAAUCAAUUACUAAUAGAUUCUUUCUGACUGGGGAGCAGCAAUUUGAAACGGGUGUAAAAUUACUGAAAAGCCCUUUGACUA